CUCCUACUACUUACUAUUCCCUCCUACACAUCACCUCGUACAAUCAUGCCCCUCGCACUACUCAUCACAGGUGCCACCGGCAACCAAGGCAGCGCUGUCAUCAACGCGCUGCUCGCGCAAGAACUGGACGUGGAGAUCCUAGCUGUGACCCGCAACCCGCACUCCAGCGCCUCGCGCCGCCUAACCGCCAAGUCCUCCAAGAUCAAGCUCGUGCUCGGCAACCUCGACCACCCAGCCCAGAUCUUCGAGCGCGCGAAACAAAUCGCAACGUUGCCCAUCUCAGGCGUCUUCAGCGUCCAGAACCCCUUCGCGCAAGGCCAAAGCGUCGCAAAAGAAGAACACCAAGGCAAAGCGCUCAUCGACGAAGCGAUAGCGCAGCACAUUCCGCACUUCGUGUAUAGCUCGGUAGACCGGGGCGGCGAUGCCUCGAGCGACAACCCGACGCACAUCCCGCACUUCAUCAGCAAGCACCGCAUCGAGCAGCACCUCUUCACGCGGACGCAAGAAGCCCACGACGGCGGUGCCAUGACCUGGACCGUGCUGCGCCCGACCUUCUUCUUCGAGAACCUGGCGCCGACCGCCGGGUUCGCCGGCCGCGUCACCGCCACCGCCUGGGACGCCUACCUGCAGGGCAAGCCGCUGCAAUGUGUCUCCGUCGCCGACGUAGGCCAUUUCGCGGCCGCGGCUCUGGUGCGCGCCGGCCAGUUCCGCAAUCAGUGUCUGUCGCUCGCAGGCGAUGACCUCACCUACGAGCAUCUGCAGCGCACGGCACGCGCCAAGAUCGGUCGUCCGCUGCCUACCACAUAUCGCGUGCUCUGCUAUCUCAUUCUGUGGGUGAUGGGUGACCCGCGCACGAUGUUUACUUGGUUCUAUGAUCAGGGGUACGGGGCGGAUAUCCCGCGGUUGCGGAAGUUGCAUCCUGGGCUGAAGAAUUUGGAGGCGUGGUUGGAGGAGAGUGACUGGGUGAAGAAGCGUUAGUUUAGAGCGAGGCGGGGG